UCUAAAUACAAACAUGGCGGCCACAUUGAAAAGUUUCCCAAAUUACACCAUGUAUAUGUUCUAAAAUAGCAUUCAAGGCCAUUAAUAUGUGCAUUUGAUAAAACCGAGUUUGAAUUUAGUUGUAAGAUACUUUAUAGUGUACAGAAAAUGGCUGCAUGGGCUGGAUUUUCAGAGGAAGAGUUGCGAAGAAUGCAGCAGAACGGCGAUAGCACGAAUCAGGCUGUGCCUGUCACUUUGGGUCGUGGCCGUAGACCCGCUCCAACUAACCGGAGCAGGCAGCAGCUACAGCGAGAGAGGGCUCUACAGCUGCCAGCCAAGCAGAAGGAGGGCAGCGGCUCUCUGCUCCCUGAGCAACAGCUUACCAAACCCUUAGACCCACCGGCUGUCAGUCACCCUGCUCCUCUCAAAUCACAGGAGGAACCUAAGCUGUUGGAGUCCGAACUGUUUAAGCAGGAAACAGAACCAGUUAAGCACAAUCCAGAACCAUCUGCUGAGGCAAUGGCAACCGUGAUCGUUAAGGAGCUAGACAAACAGGAAGUGGAAUUGCGAGAGAGGAACCGUCUGCAGCAGUUGCAGUGGGAACAACGUAUAAUGGAAGAGAAGAAUAAAAAGAGAAAAGCUCUCCUUACAAAGACCAUUGCUGAGAAGUCCAAACAGACUCAGGCGGAAGCUGUGAAACUGAAGAAAAUCCAGAGAGAACUUCAAGCACUAGACGAUUCUGUAUCCAGUGACAUUGGGAUUCUCAGAAAACUGAUAGAAGAAGCCAGCAUGGACUAUUCCUUAGCAUGGAAGCACCUUGAAAAGGCAGAGGCCGAAUAUGUUGCUGCUAAGCUGGACUUGCAUAGGAAAACGGAGGUGAAAGAGCAGCUCACAGAGCACCUGUGUGCAAUCAUCCAGCAGAAUGAGCUACGCAAGGCCCGCAAACUGGAAGAGUUGAUGUUUCAGCUUGAGCUUAAUGCUGAGGAAGUCCCCAUUUCAGAGGAUGCAGAACAAGAGGACAAGCAGAGGGAGGGCAACCCGCAGUCAGUUACUGAAAAUGGUCCUGCAGCAGUCAUUGAGGGGUGUACAGAGGUGGAUUGCUCAAAUAUGAGCGAAGACAGUUCCAUUACAGAACCACAGAUCAGCCAAGACAAUCAGGAGAGAAGAGCAACAGAUGUUUCUGCAGAUGUUAUCAGUUAGCUCCUAAUUGUCAUUAUAAAAGUGGCUUUAUAAUGUUUUACAUAUUUGCAGUACUAGCUUUAGAAAUGUCUUCAUUGUGAAAAUGUUGAUGUUAUCAAAAAGUCCUGCAUUUGCAAUUUAGAUGUUCUAACAUGAUUUGAGAGGACAAAGGACAGCCUGGGUGUCAAUAGUAAAUCCGAAAUGUUAUGAGGGUGAUUCCUUUACUACCAACACUAAAAUGCCCCAACAUUAUGGGCUUCAGAUGUUGAUUAUGAACUGCUAAGCAUAGAAGAACAAAGCUAUCGAAGAAACAGUUUCUUGUGGUACUACAUGACCCUAAAUGUGGGUUGUUAAAACAAUGCUGAAUCACUCUGUAUUAUUUAAUUGUUGUUUGUUUGGUUUGCAGUCAUUGUUUAAUUUGAUCUGUCUUUCAUGAAGUAUAUUGGCUGAAAAUCUCCAUUUAAAAUCUAUUGUUAAAACGCUAUUAAUACAACACUGUUAACUUUUAUUGACCAUUCCAUAACCGAUAACUGUGACUGAUUUUAUGAAUCAAAAUGGAUUGUGGCAAAUGGUCUGGUGGCUUUUUAUAGUUGUAAUUUAUAUCACAUGAUGUUGCACAAGAAUAAUGAAAUAUUUAAUCUGUACAUGGAAGUCAUCAAGUAAAAUAUAACUUGAUGCAAAUGUUAACAAAUCGAUAGCUGUGGUUUUACCAUACAAAGUAGGCAAUCCGUUCAACGAGAUGAGAACAGUUAUUUGUGUACUGGGGGAAACACUGCUGUGGGAUGUGGGAGGAAUUAAUAUGCAUAUGCACUACCAUUGAUCAAAUGUUUUUUGUUGCUUAAGUACAUAUAGAUUGUUUAUGUAUACAAUAUAUACUUUUUAAUGAACUCAUGAUUUCUUUUCACCAGUUUUGCUUUAAGAACAAUAUUACAGAAGGGUAAGGUUAUUUUAACUUUCUUUUAAUAGGCUAUUUAAUCGUUUAAAAUGUGAGGGAUUUUUAUAUUUUAGUUUUUUAUUCAUUCUUUUGCUUAAAAUUGUACAUUAUAAUGAUUAUAAAGGAUUAUUUGUAUUCAAUAUGUUG